AUGACUAAUACUACCAGACGACAAAAGAACAACAAGAACAAGAACAACAAGAAUAACACGAACAAUAACAAUAACAAUAACGCAUCAACAAUAACUCGAAAGCGAAUAUCCGAACACAUUUUGAUGGAUGAGAAUACGUCCACGUCCUAUGAAUUUCAGCUCUACAACUUUUUCGUUGGAAUACUGUUUCUGGCGUUUGGUCUGAAUCUGAUAAGUGGAUCUAUGAUGCUGCUCAAUAUAUGCAUUGCCUUUGUACAUUUGGACUUGGGAUUUACCAGUUACGAUGCGAUGCAAUUGUGGAAUCGGAUCCAAAUUAUUUUGGGAUUGGCCGGCUUGGUAUUUUUGUAUGUGGGACUCUUGUACAGUGCGGGGGAAUCGAUAGUCCAAGAAGGAUUCACGGGGCCGGGGUUGCUUCUGUUGAUUGGGGUAGUGGGGGCGGAGACUCAGCUAUGGGAUGUUUGUCGACAAGCAGCUGCGACGUCGACUCGUCCUCGGCUGGAAAAAGGACAAGAUGCUAGUACGAUCACCAACACGAAGUGA